AACCUGACAUGGAUAGUUCAGUGUCAUGGUCAUGUCAACAGUCUGUGAAAUUUAGCCUUCGUCAUCACAUGAUCACAUCUUAAAACCCUCCUCCCCCGUCCUCUAAUCAACGAAUGAAUUGCAAACUGUUAUUAUUGCUUGUUUUGGAAUGAAUAACUAUUUGGCUGUCGAAGACAUUUCAUCUACAUGUAUGUAGCGUACUUGAUAUAAAGACAGGCCUGAUGAGUGUUUAUUUGCACAUGUAAUCUGGUGACCGACAAACCUGCAACUUAUGUCACCGUGACAAACAGGCCUGGAUUUCGACAUCAGCAUAUGCGAGAUGACAUUGAACUGAAAACGACAUCGCUAGCUGCAUAAAGGAUCCCUUAUAUACCUUCUCAAGGGUUUGUCAAGAUGUCUACCCCAGCGAAAAUAGCAAUGGCGGGCGGGUUUACUUUCGACAUGACAGAUGUAGACGGUGUUCCUGAAAUGACUUUGAUUGCUGACACGGUACGAACGUUGAAAUCACGUCGCCUCCGGAACGAUGACAUCCUUCUGUGUACAUACCCUAAGUCAGGCACUCACUGGACGUGGGAGAUCCUCAACAUGAUCGUGGCAGGUAAGGCUGAGUACACCAAACACUGGCAGAACUCCGCAUGGUUGGAAUACAGGACCGAGGAAGAACUGGAGGAACUGGCAUCACCAAGGAUAUUCCACACCCAUUUACUGCCAAGGCAGCUGCCGGAGUCGGUAUGGAGGCUGGGAUGUAAGAUUGUGUACGUCUGGAGAAACCCCAAGGACUGUGCUGUGUCCAGCUUCUGUCAGGAGAGCAGCCAGAUGUGGAAGGACGGCUCCCAGGACAAGUACAACUUCACAGGGUCAUGGGAUGACUUCCUUUCCUUGUAUCAGGAUGGUUAUAUUGUGUUCGGAUCGAUUUUUGAUUAUACGCAUGAUUGGAACAAAACAGCUGAGAAAUUAACCAUCUGUCAGGUUCAGUAUGAAGAUAUGAAAAAGAAUUGCGCGAACGAGAUAAGAAGAAUGGCUGAAUAUCUUAACCGCCCUCUCCCGGAGAAAACGUACGUUGAGAUAGCAGAAGCAUGUUCCUUCAGCAACCUGAAACACGCCAACGAGAACAUCAAGGAUCAGACCUACCACUUCAAGUGGCAACAGGGUUCAAGUGGAUACUUCAGAAAAGGAAAAUCCGGUGACUGGAAGAACUGGUUUACAGUGGCUCAAAACGAGAAGUUCGAUAAAAUAUACGAAGCAAAGCUAAAGAAACCGUUCCCGUACUGAAACACAUUUCCAGACUAAUUAAGGGGCAGUCUCAGGGCAGUAAAACUGUCGGUCAUGGUGUGAAAUAAACUGACAUAGAGCAAUCGCCGGGUGCUUAGAUAAAUGACAAAGGUGGAGCUUACUAAAACACGGGGGUGGUGAUGUUAUUGCAGCAGGGUACUUAAUAUGUUAAACACGGUACUCCUAACAGAAGCGACUGAAGUUAUAUAAACACAGUAUUAAUACACAAGUGAAUGAAUUUUAGAAAUAUUUCAUUACUCCAGAUCUGAUGUGUUGAUCUUUUUCCUGUGACUGUAAACAGGACUACCCAGCAAAUAAACAGGAACAUGUACACCUUGUCAAACGUAAUGCUUUCUUUAUUUUCUAAUCAGCAUUAUUUCGAUGAAACGUCACAUCCAGAGAAUAACCUGUGUAGAGAUGGUUCAUAUGAAUUACCGGGAUUAUCUCUCUUGUCCUCUCUCAUUCUACACAAUAUAUAACAUUACCCCACUACAGCAGCAAUAUAAACAGUGUGAUCUUUUUG